AGGUUCACAAUAUAGGCUACUCCAUUCGGCGCACGUUUCUCUUCCUCUCUCUCUCGCUCUCUCUCCAUCCAUCGACGGAAAAAGGAGAGACUAGAGUCGCAUCUCUUCUCAUAACACGCGAUUUGCUCCUGUCGCUCACCCACUUACGUCACAUACUUCUUCAAAAGUGCUACGAAUACACAUACAGAGAAUCAGAGAUGGGGCUUAGCUUUACGAAGCUAUUUAGCCGGCUUUUUGCCAAGAAGGAGAUGCGAAUUCUGAUGGUGGGUCUUGAUGCUGCCGGAAAGACCACUAUUUUGUACAAGCUCAAGCUUGGAGAAAUUGUCACCACCAUCCCUACUAUUGGAUUUAAUGUGGAGACAGUGGAAUAUAAGAACAUCAGCUUCACUGUUUGGGAUGUUGGUGGUCAAGACAAGAUUCGCCCUCUGUGGAGGCAUUACUUCCAGAACACUCAGGGUCUUAUUUUUGUGGUGGAUAGUAACGACAGAGAUCGAAUUGUUGAGGCAAGGGAUGAGUUGCAUAGAAUGUUGAAUGAGGACGAACUGAGAGAUGCUGUCUUGCUUGUCUUCGCCAACAAACAAGAUCUUCCCAAUGCCAUGAAUGCUGCAGAAAUAACUGACAAGCUUGGGCUUCAUUCUCUCCGUCAACGCCACUGGUACAUCCAGAGCACGUGUGCAACAUCUGGAGAGGGCCUUUAUGAGGGGCUGGACUGGCUGUCAAACAACAUUGCUAGCAAGGCUUGAAAACAAAGCUCAUGGAUUUUGGUGGUUGUCUAGACUUACAAGACUUGCGACUCUGGAAAGCCUAUUUAUCCCCUUUUUGUUCAGAGACGGUUGUAAUAGCAGAAUGUUUGUUUAGAUCCUACUUUUAUAAUAUGGUUUGUGCAAUCUGUAUUAGCUAGCGCUUUUAACAAAAUUAUAAAUGACCCAAACGCUUUUAUGGUUGGCAAGUAUUGGUUUUCUUCUGGGUGUUUUUAUAUCCAAUAUCAUAUUUUAGAGAA